AUGUCGUCUGUUGAAGAAGAGGAGAAUAAUAAUGAUAUCAUCAAACCACGUAAGGAUAAUGAUGAUGUAACUUCGCAGCCUAAGUCUAAUGGAGAUGAUGAGGGGUCCUUAGAAGGGUAUCCUGGAAUCCCACCACAAGGAGGAGUAGUGGUUGAUGAUAUGGAUAAAGUACCAGCCGGAGAAAGUCAUAUGUCACAAAAGGGUGAAGAUAGAUUAGGAGAAGAGGAUGGUAGUGGGUGUAUAGAUGAUGAUAACAAGAAGGGAAUGAUAACUAAAGGGGAGCACACUCGUAUACGUCAUUAUGUGGAUGAUCUACUUAAUACCAUUAAUAUACUACGUACUGAGUUAAUAACCCCUGAUGGUGGCGGUGGCGUGUCAGCAUCUAUACAUGGACAUAUAACCCAUUUACAUACUACUCUGCAGGAGCUACACCCCCUAAUAAAUACUACUCAUGUUGGAAAUGCGAGCAUAAUGCAUGAUGACCAUGAUGAUACUCAUGAGGAGAUACAACAAGAAGAAGAGGAGAAGGAUGACGAGGAGGAGGAGGAAGAGGAAACGUAUCUACUGUAUCAUAUACACUAA